AUGCAAAUCUUCCUUAAUGAAGGCCAUGACAUCGAGAGCGCUUCCCAGAUGAAGACGGCAAUUGAAUCUUCUGGUGGAAUCCCUGGUGUAGUUGUCACCGUGGCAGAGACUCCUCAGCGGCAAACAGGAAAGAAUUUGACGUGGGACGGUGUUAGCUUCAUAAACAAUGUCGAGUACAACAGCGAAGGAAUGAAGGUAUGGAAGGCAUACAACAUAGGACCUGGUAAAGUGGUUCCCUGGAGCAAAUUUAACGUAUGUGUUGAUGACCAGCCAUCUUUGAUUGCUAAUCAUGAAACAGAACAAAACUUGAAUCCGCAAUUUGUUGCCGUGAAGCCAAGAAAAACUGCAGAUCCUUCCAAAGCAAUCGCAGCUGAGGUUGAGGAAGAUGAUGGAGGCUCAAGUGGACCUGAUGACGAUUCAGGUUCUAAGUUAUUUUCAUGUCCAGAAGAAGGGUGCACAAUGUCCUUUCAAAGGUAUUCCAGUUUAGAACAACACAUUCAGUGUGGUAAGCAUAAAAGGGCAUUGGAGCAUGAAACGCUUCUCGACAGAGCAAUGUUAACGUAUACCUUUGCUCUUGAAAAGCCUGGGGUAUCAAAACAUUGUAAUACCGGCCAAAGAGGGUUUUGUGACAAGAGAACACAGUUCAGAUGCUCCGGGUUUCUCGUCAUACAUGGGGUGGGCUCUUAAAAGUUCCUUCUCCCGGAGUACUAGAUUUAAUUCCAGUCAGAAGGAUUACCUUAUAAAGAAAUUUGAAAUAGGAGAAAAAACCGGAAGGAAACUCGAUCCUGGAACUGUUGCUAAAGAUAUGAGAGCUGCUAAAGAUCCUAACGGCAAGCGUUUGUUCAAUUGCAAUGAAUUCCUAACCAGUCAACAAAUCCAGAGCUUCUUUUCAAGAUUAGCAUCUAAACGAACUGUUGAUGUCAUAACUGAAGAGGAUAAAGAAGAAGAAUGCAGCGCUCACCAGGAGGAAGUGCUGAGCAGAUUGAGAAAUGAGGUAUCUGGUGUAGUAACCAUGCCGCAUCCAAUCAUGUUUGAUACAUAUGAUAUCUGUGAACUGGCCUCUAGAGGCAAACUCAAAAGUACCUUUUCUGUAUCGGUUUUGCGCGAUAUCUGCCUCGCUCUUGGUAUAGACGUCUCCCAAAUCAUGGUGAAACGAAAGCAGCCAUACAUCGAUGCCCUUCUGGAACUAGUAAGCACAUGCACCUGCUCGAGUGGACAGGUCAAUCCAACUAUGAAAUAA